ACUUUUAAGGACAGUAUAAAUACAUCUUACACUUCACUUUUGGGUUCUUUAGCUUUGUAAGUCUACUGCAUUAGGAUGUUUGUUUUCGCUAGUUUGUUUAUCUCAUUGCCACUAGUGGCUUUCUGUGGUACCGGUUCUGUUUGGGAAUACACUGGAAUCCAUGGUCCCUCCCACUGGCAUGAAGAGUAUCCAGAUUGUGCUGGAGUGAUGCAAUCACCUGUUGCCAUUGAAACGAAAAAAGCAACAUAUGACGUCAGCCUGCUGCAGUUUGGAUUCAAGGGAUUUUCUGAACUGGUGGAUGCAAACAUGACAAUGAAAAACAAUGGACACACUGUUCAAGUAGACAUUGUGGAUACGUCAUUGAGAACACAUGGAGGUGGAGUGACUGGUGGAUACAAGCCUGUACAAUUUCAUUUCCAUUGGGGAGCAGACAAUACCAAAGGCUCUGAACAUGUUAUUGACAACCACCAUUACCCGAUGGAGAUGCAUAUAGUCCAUUACUCGGAUAGGUUCCAGAAGAUCGAAGAUGCUAUUGAUAAACCAGAUGGUCUUUUGGUCUUGGGAUUUUUCUUUCAGAUUGGACCACAUAACAUACACUUUGCAGAAGUAUUUAACUACCUUGAAAACGUUGCACAUAAAGAUGACACUGCCGAAAUCCCGCCAGUAGUGAUGGAGCGACUGGUACCCAUAGAUUUAAUACACUAUUAUAGAUACAGAGGAAGUCUCACUACACCUCCAUGUUAUGAGAGUGUUGUUUGGACUGUUUUUACACAACCAAUAACAAUUUCUAAUGAGCAGAUGGAUGAGUUUAGAAAUAAAAUAAAGAAGACAACGGUAAACGAUACUCACGAAGAAAAGCUGGUUGAUGAUUUUAGGCCCAUUCAACAGCUGAAUGGAAGAAACGUUUAUUCAAGUUUUCUUACUGAGAAGUCUUCUACCCAAGCACCAUCUCCACACACUGUUCAAUCUAUAAACGUUGUCUGUAAGCACUCACAUGACGAUACAAACAAUGCAAUCAUCCCAAAUUUAUCUCUGUUUUUAAUUUUUAUAAGUAUGUUGACCAGUGGUUUUACAUGUGGUCACUAGAUAGGAAAUUUAUAUAUAACAAAAUCUUAUACAAUGAAAUCCAGAGACUAAUUACAUCUAUUGAUAUUGAAUAUGUUCAAUGAUAUUUUUCAUUUAACUAAAUAAGCAUAAUAUAUGUGACAUUUAUCAUUAGUUGUUGCUUUUAAUCAAAAAAGAGAUAAGAUCUAGAGAAAACCAUUGAGAAGCCUGACUGUGAUACUGUAUUAUUGACUCUUCCAUUUUACCUUUUUUUUACUCUAAAGUGCUUUUUACUUUUCAUUACUAGAUUAAAGCAUGUAAAGCAUUGUUUUGUUUAUGUUUUGAAAUGUCAUAGUAGUUACACCAAAGGUUUAUCACAACAUGAUGACUGUGCAUAUUUAGUGCUAAGAUGAUGUGGGAAAUGCAAAAAAAUAUAUAUUUUUAUAAUUAAAUGUAGACUGUAUACAAAGAAUUCAUGCAUAUAUUAAGGAAAAGACAAAGAAUUCAAAGUUGACAUCAAUAAUUGAAAUGCAUUUCAUGUAGUACAUGCAGACUCCAGUUGAUAAGAAAUCAAAUUAAAUUUGUUUAAAGUGUUCAAUGUAUUUUGUCACGUCUAUUUUUUACUAAAAUUUUAAUAAAAGUAUUUUUCAUA